AUGUUCCCACUGCCCAUGUUCACCCCGGACCAGGUGGCUCGGGUGUGCGAGAACCUGGAGGAGACCGGGGACAUUGAGCGCCUGGGCAGGUUCCUCUGGUCCCUCCCCGCCGCCGUGCCGGGUUCCGCCGGGGAGGCGCUGAACCGACACGAGUCCGUGAUGCGAGCGAGAGCGCUGGUCGCCUUCCACGGUGGGAACUUCGAGGCUCUCUACCAGAUCCUCCAGAGCCACCGCUUUACGCGCGAGUCGCACGCCAAGCUGCAGGACCUGUGGCUGGACGCGCACUACCGGGAGGCGGAGAGGCUCCGGGGGCGGCCGCUAGGCCCCGUGGAGAAGUACCGGAUCCGCAAGAAGUUCCCUCUGCCUCGCACCAUCUGGGACGGCGAGCAGAAGACGCACUGCUUUAAGGAAAGAACUCGCAGUUUGUUGAGAGAGUGGUAUCUCCAAGAUCCGUAUCCCAACCCGUCCAGAAAACGCCACCUGGCCCAGGCCACGGGGCUCACGCCCACACAGGUCGGCAACUGGUUCAAGAACCGCCGCCAAAGAGACCGUGCUGCAUCCGCAAAGAACAGAAUGCAGCAGGACCCUUCCCUCCUGCCCUCGGAGAGCUCACCUGACAGCUCCCUUCAAGAGCGCCGCCAUCACCCCCACUUGUUGCCUCCCUCCCCUCGCCACCUGGGCAGCCCCGAGGCCAGCGACUGUAGCACAGAGAACGAGCGCAGAGGAACAGGAGCCUCCACCCCGGAGAUCUCUGUCAGCAGCGACAGCGAGUUUGAGUCCUGAGACGAUGGACUCUUUUCACGGACUCGUUCCAUCUGUCAUCAGGCGUGUUAAAGACACUGGCUGUGGACACACUGGAGAUGUUCUCAGCGGGAGGAGGACGAGGCCACUUGAUGUGGUCGUGAGUGGACGCUGUACGGCAAUGAUAUGCAAAAACAACAUGCACUUAAAAAAGCACCAUGGCACGUGACCUCGACUGUUAUAUGAAUUAGUUUACUGCCGACCAUGGUCUUUAGUUAAUGUGAAUGUUAAUAUUUUCAGUUUUGAUACUGGCUUCAGUAAAUAUUUUUGGAUAGAUCAUUUUCUAAUAGUCAUUAUCUAAGCUACAGGAUUCAACUGUAUGGAAAUCAUGAGGACACAACGAACAAUGCCUUGAGUAGGCUAUUAAUACAUGUGAUUACAUUUACAUGCACAUUAAUAACUUGAUUAUCUUCAGGUUACGGUAAAAUAUGCCGACUGUGGAAAGUGUUAAUCGCCUUGUUUCAAACAUUAAAUUAACUGUCAGCAUAAGGAUAACCUAGAUGCAUGUACAAAUAAAUGUCCAAA